CAGCUUUUGAACUUCAAUUCGUGCGGACGUGUGGUACGCUUAAUUAAAAAAAAAUCUGAUUAAAAAAACACAAAAAAGUUAAUAAAUAUUUUUACAAAAAGUGUUUUUAAUUGAUAUCUAUCACAAGUGAAAUUAAAAGAAAAUGGCAUUAUAUAUAGCACAUUUACUAAAAGCCUGACAACGAAUAUAAAAUAAUUUUUUAUAUAAAAAAUGCGCAGAUCAAAAAUCACAAGUUAAUUUUUUUUCAUAUGAAAAAAAUAUAAAAAAUUCCAAGUGGAGUUCAGUCGAAUCGUGUGUAGUGGAAUUUAUUUUUCUCGUUAUAAUUUUUGUUGUUUUUCUUUUAACGAAUUCUAAACGUCAGCGCUAGUAGAUAUAUAUGCCAGCGUCAACAUCAACGUCGCCGUUUAACGUAUGAUGAUACAGAGUUUGAAUGUGUGUAUAUGAAUGAGUUACUGUUGGUAUUUGUGUGUGUGUAAUUAAUUGAAAAACAUCAGUGGUAUAAGGAAAAUAAAAAAUAAGCAAAAAAGAAUCGAAAUUAAAAGAAUAAAAAAAUUUAGCAGAGUGGGAGCGGUGACGGUUAUUAUUUGCCCUCUGCCUCACGAAAAAACCCGUCAUUAUAUUUCCAUUUUUUGUGUUUUUUUGGGCUGAAGAGAGUAAGAGAGAAAGAAAGAGUGAACAUAACAAACAAAAAACAAGUGCAAAAACAAAACGACAGAAAUAGAAACUUGAAAGGUGUUUUUCUCUACAACAACAAAUAAACGUUAAAAAAAGGAACGAUAGAAAGAUAACCAACCAACAAACAAACAAACAACAACAAUAAUAAAAUAAUUUAUAAAGAAUAAUUUAUCAACAAAAAGGAAAAAUAAACAGUAAGUAAAAAUACAAAUAAACGCAGCUAAAACACGGAGAGAAAUGAAAAUAUUUUCUUUAUAGGAUUAAAAAAUGACUUCACCGGAAGAGCGAAUAUCAGCACAUGAUCUCUCCCGCGAUUCUGGUACUAAUGAAAGAUUGCACAUAACACCGGGUACUUUGGAUUUUAGUCGUAUACAAGCUGCUCCAUCCACAGAUUUGGAUCAACAAAUAUUAGAGUUGAAAAAGACACAAGAAUUACAGAAACAAAUGUUGCUUCAUACAUUUCAAGAAAAAUCAAAACAAUUGGAAUUACAACAUAAAUUACAAUUGGAACAUAAAUUUCAUUAUGCAGUCCACACACAUGGCGCUUAUCAGGAAUUACAAGAACAAAGAAUCAUUUCAGCUGCUGCUGAAGAUCAACAGCAAAGAGAAAGGCGAGAAAGGGAAGCCAUAGUCAAACGUAAAGAGAACAGUGCAAAUGCUAGUCCAGAAGUGAAACAAAUAUUAAAUUGUUUUAUAUUAAAUCGUAAACAAGCCGCCUCCUCUCCAAAUGGCAUGCAAACAACAUCACCAUAUCGCAAUAGAAGCGUUGUUAAAAGUUCAUCCGGUGAAUCCCUACCUACUGGAGCAGUUUCAAGUUCUCAUCCAUAUAAAAUACCACAACCACCUCCAUCAUCUCUACUCAAAUAUGAAUCAGAUUUUCCUUUGCGAAAAACUGCAUCCGAACCAAAUUUACUAAAGAUGCGCUUAAAACUAAGUGUCAUAGAACGUAAAGCUCGAAACAGUGGACCGGCUGGUAUAAGAAGACAUGAACGCCUGUUACAAGCGGCUCAAAGGAGGCAACAAAAACAAAAUUCUACUUUAACAAAUUGCAGUAGUACACCUGAUUCUGGUCCAAAUUCUCCACCAUCAUCUAGUCUAACGGCUGCUGGUACAGGUGUAGUUGGUCCAAAUCGUGGCUCGCCUACGAGUGCACCCAUACAAGAAGAAAAUGAAGAUGGCAGUCAGUAUCAGCCGGGCCAACGAAGCAGCAUCAAUGACUUAUCAUUAUUUAGUUCACCAUCCAUGCCAAAUAUAUCAUUAGGCCGUCCUCAUUUACAGAAUGCUCAUAAUUCCGCCGCAGCUAAUUAUGCCAUGUUGGCUGCAUUGCGACAACAUGUUGCUAGUGGUGGUGGCGCUGGCAUGCCACCUGUAGCCGGUUCAACUGGUCCGCCAACGUAUUAUAAUCCUUUAGCGGUACCAUUUGGCCGACAAGUUGUUCCUCCACCUAGUUCUAUGAUACCACCAACGGCUAAUUCAGCUGUGGCGGGAGCAGCACCUCCACAGUCCCCAGUUGUACGAUCUGCUUCGGCUACAUCAACAUCUUCAUCACAGGCUUCUUUGGUGGGAGAGGUGGCACCACCGCUAGCUCAUGCAGCUUCGACCGGUACCUCAGCUUUAAUGCACGUAGCUUCUACCGGCGGUAUACAUGCUGUAGCGCAUUCUCCACAAUCGUCCUCCACCAUGUAUGGACAACCAAUUACAGAUGCUCAGGUUGCCCAAGCUCAUCUUAACAAACAGGGUCACCGGCCGUUGGGUAGAACACAGUCAGCUCCUCUACCCCUGGGCCAUCCCAUGCUAACUGGCAGUGGUCAGUUAAAUAUAACACCAACUCAUUAUGAAAAUAGUGAUGCCGAACGACAAGCUUACGAACAACAUUUAUUAUUAACCCAAAAAAUACGACAAACUGUACUCACACGCAGUGGAGCUGUGCGAGAUACUCAAUUGAAAGAAGAGGAUGAUGCCGCCGAAGUAAUGGAUCUCACCGACAAAAAGAAGCCUCCAAAAACAGUGUUAACUAGUACAGUUAUCACGAGUACCUCACAAAAUCUCCCCAAUACAGCAACUGUGGCAGCGCCCAUUCCCUACGCUACUGGUCCACCACCAGUGUGCGUACCAAACAAACCGAAUAAAUUAAUGCGCAGCAAAGAGUACCUUCAACAACAGCGUGAACUCCUCUAUAUGCAAUCUCUGCAAAUCGAUGAUGCUGUUGCUAGAGGAUUAAUACGACCUUUAUCGCGGACUCUAUCAUCGCCCUUGGUUCAUUUGGGUCCUCAUGGUCUAAGUCAAAUUCCUGAUACUGGUCAAUCUACACAUAUUCCUCAUGCCGGCCCCAUUGUUACAUCAUCAUCAGCAGAUCAUAUACCACCAGUAAAUUUAGCCAUACACGGACAUGGACGACAACAUCUAAUGGAUUUGUCCACCCGUCACGCUCAGUUAACCACCGAACAACUGCAACAGCAGCAGCAGCAGACAACACCUCCAAUAUCUAGUAAUAGUUUGUCACCGUCGCAUAAAAUUACCACAGGUUUAGCUUACGACAAUUUAAUGUUGAAACAUGUUUGCAUAUGUGGCAACAACGGUCUUCAUCCGGAACACAGUGGGCGUUUGCAGAGUGUAUGGGCUCGUUUAAAUGAAACAGACUUAGCUAAGCGCUGUCAUCGCUUAAGAUCUCCAAAAGCAACUCUCGAAGAAAUACAAUCGGUACAUACGGAAGCUCAUGCCAUGCUGUUCGGCUCAAGUCAAUGUCAGUUGGCUGCCAAUCGGCAGAAAUUGGAAGCCGCUGCACCAUCAGCAAGCUUCGUACGACUGUCGUGCGGUGGUGUGGGUGUUGACUUGGACACCACUUGGAAUGAACAUCAUACGGCAUUGGCAGCAAGAAUGGCUGCAGGUUGUGUCAUCGAUUUGGCUAUGAAAACUGCCAAAGGUGAUUUAAAGAAUGGUUUCGCAGUGGUACGGCCGCCCGGUCAUCAUGCCGAAGCCAAUUUGGCCAUGGGCUUUUGUUUCUUUAAUUCCAUAGCGAUAGCAGCUAAACUACUAAGGCAGCGUUUACCUGAAAUUAAGAGGAUUCUUAUUGUCGAUUGGGAUGUUCACCAUGGUAAUGGCACGCAGCAGGCUUUUUACAGUAAUUCAGAUAUUUUAUAUUUAUCCAUACAUCGUCAUGAUGAUGGCAAUUUCUUCCCCGGCACUGGUGGACCCACAGAGUGUGGCUCCGGUCCUGGUGUAGGCUAUAAUGUUAACAUUUCCUGGUCUGGCGCGUUGAAUCCACCAUUGGGAGAUGCCGAAUAUAUUGCUGCAUUCCGUACUAUUGUGAUGCCUAUUGCUCGUUAUUUUAAUCCUGAUAUUGUUUUAGUUUCGGCCGGUUUCGAUGCUGCAUCAGGUCAUCCUGCUCCUUUAGGUGGAUAUCUUGUAUCGCCAGCUUGUUUUGGUUUUAUGACACGCGAAUUAAUGCAUCUGGCCAAUGGUAAAGUUGUGUUGGCGCUUGAAGGUGGUUACGAUCUGCCAGCUAUAUGUGAUUCCGCUCAAGAAUGUGUUAGAGCUUUACUGGGCGAUCCUCUAUCACCCAUAGCUGAAAGUGAACUUAAUCGUCCUCCAUGUCAAAAUGCAAUUGAUACCUUGCAGAAAACCAUAGCUAUACAGUCUCAACAUUGGCCUUGUGUUAGACGUUUGGAUCAUACUGUGGGCAUGUCUGCGUUGGAAGCUUUAAAAGUUGAACAUGACGAGUCGGAUACUGUAACAGCUAUGGCUGGACUAUCAAUGCAGUCGAUGAACAAAACUCUUUCUUGUGAUGAGUCCGAGGAACCGAUGGACCAAGAUGAAGCAAAAUAGAAAAUAUUCUAUUUAACAUAAAUUUGAAUUUGUUUUUGGAUUGGUUGGAAGGCAGUUUAUACAGUUAAGCACCAAUGAAAAAAAUAGUAACUGCCAUAAUUUUUUUGGAUCAAAGCAUAACCAAAGCUUUGAAAACAAUCUUUCCAUUUUGGGAUUGUUUUUAGUAGUAAUAAUUGUAGUUGUAAACACACUUACAAAACACUCAUACACAAAUUUUGAAUUUUGGGUGAGAACUGUCAUUAGUGAGCUCUCAUAACAGUCGCACUUUCAUAUAAUUUUGGAACUGCAUAUAUUUUUUAUGCGGCAUUUAUGUGGUUUAUUUGUAAUGUACUAUUUAAAACAAAAGAAAAAAAAUAAUAAUAUUCUCACUAAGUAUAAACUUGUACAAAAAUAAUUAAUUUUGGAAAUUUGCUUUGUAAUUGUAGAGAAACAAUUUAAACGUAUUGCGUACAAAGCAAAGAAAAAUCAACAUUUCAUGAGAGAGAUCCUUUAAAAAUCCUCAUUUAAAUAUUUGGAAAAAAGAAUAAUUUUAGUUAAAUAAUUUUAACUUGUUAUAAGUAAAACGAAAUUUGUUAGAAAUUAUAGGUGGCUGUGCCACUUAAGUUUUAUUUUCUGUUUUUAGUUGUAAUUUAAUGUUUAUUGUGCAUUUAAAUUUAAUUUAAAUGCUUUAGUUGUAGAUUUUAUUUUUGUUCUUCUCUGCUAUUAAGUAAUAUUUUUAUUAUUAAUUAUAAUUUAACUCUAAUCAUGCAAAAUGAAACAAAAUGGAAAACGAAUACAAAGUGAUUCAAUCUAAUUGAAUUUCUUUGAUUUACUAAAAUAAUUUAAUUGUAAUUUUAAGUAUAAUUAGUUUAGAACAAAGAAACUAUUUUUAUGUGCAAGAUUUAUUUAUUUUAAUUUUUUAUAUACAUCUCUGUCUAUAUAAACCUGUAAUUUUUUAAUAUUAAUGUAGUUAAAUUUUAUGAAUUUUUUCUAUCGACAUAAAUAUUUAUCCAAUUCCAGGGCUUGGGGCAAUAAUAUAACUAUGUAGUUGCAACUAUAAAAAGAUUGAUAGUUAAAGAAGAUCAUAUUUUGUAAAGUUUCAGUUUUCAAAUCCUUGUGACUUACUAUGCUUUUGCUUUAAGCCCUUUAAUUGGUUUUAUUAUAAUAUUGUUUUGUUUUUUUUUUCUCUCUUUUAUAUUUUUAUUAUUUUUUUGCAAAUUUAAUCUAGACAACAUGACAUUAUUUAAGUGGAUUUAAAUAACUUUAAAUGUAUAACUAUAAAUUAAAACAAAUUAAAUAAAUAAUUAUUUAUUGUUGUUACUGAAACU